AUGGAAUCUCCUGUUGUAAUAGAUAAGCCACCUGAAUAUCAUGGGAAUUCGAAUGAGCGCGGUUUCCCGUUUGAUGAGGAGGACGGGUCGGGCGCGUGGAGCUCGCUCGCGGCGCGCCACCCGGACAUAGCGGCGCGCCUGCGCUCGCGGCCCGCCACCGCCACCUGGGCCAGCAAGCGGCGGCCCUCCAGCCAGGACGCCACACACGAUUUCGGAGACAACUUCGGCGGUUUCGACAGAUUCCCCUUCGACGACAUCCCACCAGAGUUCAGAGAGCACUUUCCGCAACACUGGAACCGCAGAUUCGAUUCCCGUGAGGAUCCACAGCCCCAGGCGCCCCCGCAGCCGUCGUCGCCUCAGCAACAGACCACAUCCACUCAGACUGAACGAGAUCCUGGACCCUCGACACAAACGCAACUACCACAGUACGGCCUAAGAAAUACUGUCGAUCUCGGCCAGAAGAGUCCAGCCGAUCCCAGUUUGGUCGAUGCGGACGACAGAAACCAAAGGUCUAUGUCAGCACCCCCUUCCAGUUGUACGACUAACCAAAGCCAAACGCCGAAAAUGAGCGCCCAGAAUCACCAAGAGCAGGGGCAUCCGCCCCAACACUCUGAACAUCAGCAGCAUUCGAACGUCCGACACAUACCGAUAUUCGUAGAGGGUAGAGACGAGCCUGUGAUCAACAAAAACGUCGAUCACGGUACCCAUUUCGGAGAAACGAAACAGGCGUACGUGCCCCCGCCGCAGCCGCAGCCGCAGCCUCAUAUCGAACGGGAACAAUACUUCCCUGACGACGGGCCGGUGUUCCACCCCCAGUCUAACUUCUCCAGAGCGUUCGGGACGCCCUUCAACAAAGGGUUCAGACAGGGCCCGCAGCCUUUCGUACAGCAGAAAGUGUAUCCGCAGAACGCGUUCACACGUGGAGCUUCGCCACAAAGAUCUCAAUCGCCCAAAUCUCAACCACAUCCGGAUGAGCACUUCGUUAAAGUGCCGGUUCAUCAUGACCAUGCGCCGCCCAAACCUGAACCGCAGCCCCGACCUCAACAAAAGCAGCAGCCGCCACCACAGCCCAAACAACAGACUCCGCCACCUCAGCCCAAACAGCAGACUCCGCCACCUCAGCCUAAACCACAGCCGUCCCCUAACGAUCCUAUCACACUAAUCUUGAGCAUCCAGACCGACGUCUUGAACCUCAUGACGGACGUGGAAAACUUCACCGGGUCCAAAAAAGACAAGAGAUAUUUGUAUUUAGAUGAGAUGUUGACUAGGAAUCUCAUUAAAUUGGACAAUAUCGAAACGGACGGGAAGGAAAACAUAAGGCAGGCCAGGAAGGAAGCUAUUAAAUGUAUCCAAAAGUGUAUAGCGGUCUUGGAAGCGAAAGCGGAGAAAGGAGGCAGCACGCCGCAACCCCAAGAUGUUGAAAUGAAAGACAACACUGAAACAACAAAAGAGAACGUUGAUGAAAAUGGUGUUGAGGUAGAGAUGAAAGAAACUCCUAAAGAAGAAAACGUUGAACAAUCACAAGCUGCACCGCAAGAAGAGAAGAAGGAAGAAGCUGUCCCUCAAGAGGCAAACGAACAAACUCCGAUUCCAGCCCCAGAGCCCGAAGUUAAAGAGGCGGCAGUUGAACCUCAAGCGGUGGACACGCGGCCGGAAGAACCUAAAGCUUCCGAAACUGCGGAGGAGAAAAAGACCGAGGAAGUUGUAGAUAAAAAGGCGAGUCCUAAAAAAGGUACGAAGAAUGUUAAGAAACGAGACAAGAGUAAAGAUAGUAAGAAGGAAGCUAAAGAUAGCAAUAAGGAACAGACAACUGAAGAACAAAAGGCGGAUGCGAAGGCAGAAGUGAUGCAAAUAGACAAUAAGGGUGAUAAGCCAGAAACACAAGCUAUGGACGUAGAUGGUGCUGCUAGUCAAUAA